UCAUCAUGAGCUUCCACUUUGCUCUGGCAUGGACACUCCUAGUUGGACCAUGGAUGCCCAUGGGAUCUCAGAACUCCAUUUCAUGGGAGGUGCAGCGAUUUGAUGGGUGGUACAACAACCUCAUGGAGCACAGAUGGGGCAGCAAAGGCUCUCGGCUGCAGCGACUGGUCCCAGCCAGCUAUGCAGAUGGCGUGUACCAGCCCCUGGGAGAGCCUCACCUGCCCAACCCCCGGGCCCUGAGCAACACCGCCAUGAGGGGCCCCGCAGGGCUGGCCUCGCUGCGAAACCGCACAGUGCUGGGAGUCUUCUUCGGCUACCACGUGCUGUCGGACCUGGUGAGCGUGGAAAAGUCUGGCUGCCCAGCCGAGUUCCUCAACAUCCACAUCCCGCCCGGAGACCCGGUGUUCGACCGCGACCGGAGCGGGGACGUGGUCCUGCCCUUCCAGAGGAGUCGCUGGGACCCCGAGACCGGACAGAGCCCCAGCAACCCCCGGGACCUGACCAACGAGGCGACCGGCUGGCUGGACGGCAGCGCCAUCUACGGCUCCUCGCACUCCUGGAGCGACGAGCUGCGGAGCUUCUCCGGGGGGCAGCUGGCGUCGGGGCCCGACCCCGCCUUCCCGCGGGCCGCGCAGGCCCCGCUGCUCAUGUGGACACCGCCGGAUCCCACCACGGGCCGCCGCGGGCCGCGGGGGCUGUACGCCUUCGGGGCCGAGCGAGGGAACCGCGAGCCCUUCCUGCAGGCGCUGGGUCUGCUCUGGUUCCGCUAUCACAACCUGUGGGCGCAGAGGCUGGCCCGCCGGCAUCCGCUCUGGGGGGACGAGGAGCUGUUUCAGCUAAGUUGGGUGAUUUAAGGGCUCAAUCUUACCAAUCCUAUCUCCUCUCCACUCCUGCCAGGAUACCGCCCUUUCCUGGACCCCAGCAUCUCCCCGGAGUUCCUGGCUGCCUCUGAGCAGUUCUUCUCCACCAUGGUGCCCCCUGGCGUCUACAUGAGAAAUGCCAGCUGCCACUUCCAGGGGGUCAUCAAUAGGAACUCAAGUGUCCCCAGAGCUCUCCGGGUCUGCAACAGCUACUGGAGCCGAGAGCACCCCAACCUACAAAGAGCUGAAGAUGUGGAUGCACUACUGCUGGGCAUGGCCUCCCAGAUCGCUGAGCGAGAGGACCAUGUGGUGGUGGAAGACAUGCGAGAUUUCUGGCCUGGGCCACUGAAGUUUUCCCGCACAGACCACCUGGCCAGUUGCCUGCUCCGGGGCCGGGAUCUGGGCCUGCCCUCUUACACCAAGGCCAGGGCAACCCUGGGCCUGCCUCCAGUUACCAGAUGGCAGGACAUCAACCCAGCCCUCUCCCCGAGUGAUAGCACUGUGCUGGAGGCCACGGCGGCCCUGUACAACCAGGACCUGUCCCGGCUGGAGCUACUCCCUGGGGGGCUCCUGGAGAGCCACGGGGACCCUGGACCCCUCUUCAGCACCAUCGUCCUUGAUCAGUUUGUGCGUCUGCGGGAUGGCGACCGCUACUGGUUUGAGAACAGCAAGAAUGGGCUGUUCUCUGAAAAAGAGAUUGCAGAGAUCAGAAACACUUCCCUACGGGAUGUCUUAGUAGCUGUCACCAAGGUGGACCCUGGGGCCCUGCAGCCCAAUGUCUUCUUCUGGCAUGCUGGAGACCCCUGCCCACAGCCAGGACAGCUCAGCACCGAAGGCCUGCCAGCCUGUGCUCCCCCCAUCAUGCGGGACUAUUUUGAAGGCAGUGGAUUUGGCUUCGGGGUCACCAUCGGGACUCUGUGCUGCUUCCCCUUGGUGAGCCUGCUCGGUGCCUGGAUCGUUGCCCAGCUCCGGAGGAGAAAUUUAAAGAGGCUUCAGGGCCAAGACCGCCAGAGCAUCAUGUGUGAGAAGCUCGUGGGGGGCAUAAAAGCAAUGGAAUGGCAGGGCCACAAGGAGCCCUGCCGGCCUGUGCUGAUCCACCUGCAGCCCGGGCAGAUCCACGUGGUGGACGGCAGGCUCUCCAUGCUCCGCACCGUCCAGCUGCGGCCCCCACAGCAGGUCAACCUCAUCCUGUCCAGCAACCACGGACGCCGUGCCCUGCUGCUCAAGAUCCCCAAGGAGUAUGACCUGGUGCUGCUGUUUGACCUGGAGGAAGAGCGGCAGGUGAUGGUGGAGAGCCUGCGGGGCGCUCUGAAGGAGAGCGGGCUGAGCUUCCAGGAGUGGGAGCUGCGAGAGCAGGAGUUGAUGAGGGCCGCAGUGACACGGGAGCAGCGGAGCCACCUCCUGGAGACCUUUUUCAGGCACCUUUUCUCCCAGGUGCUGGACAUCGACCAGGCAGAUGCAGGUACCCUGCCCCUGGACUCAUCGCAGAAGGUACGGGAGGCCCUGACGUGUGAGCUGAGCCGGGCUGAGUUCGCCGAGUCCCUGGGCCUCAAGCCCCAGGACAUGUUUGUGGAGUCCAUGUUUUCCCUGGCCGACAAAGACGGCAAUGGCUACCUGUCCUUCCGGGAGUUCCUCGACAUCCUGGUGGUCUUCAUGAAAGGCUCCCCCGAGGAGAAGUCUCGCCUUAUGUUCCGCAUGUAUGACUUUGAUGGGAAUGGCCUCAUUUCCAAGGACGAGUUCAUCAGAAUGCUGAGGUCCUUCAUUGAGAUCUCCAACAACUGCCUGACCAAGACCCAACUGACCGAGGUGGUGGAGUCCAUGUUCCGGGAGUCAGGCUUCCAGGACAAGCAGGAGCUGACGUGGGAGGACUUCCACUUCAUGCUGCGGGACCACGACAGCGAGCUCCGCUUCACACAGCUGUGUGUCAAAGGGGUGGAGGUACCUGAAGUCAUCAAGGACCUCUGCCGGCGAGCCUCCUACAUCAGCCAGGAGAAGCUCUGUCCCUCUCCCAGAGUGAGUGCUCGCUGUCCCCGAAAGGACACUGACAUCGGGAUGGAGCUGACACCACGGAGACUGCAGUGCCCCAACGACACAGACCCUCCCCAGGAGAUUCGCCGGAGGUUUGGCAAGAAGGUGACAUCGUUCCAGCCCCUGCUGUUCACCGAGGCUCACCGAGAGAAGUUUCAACGUAGCCGUCGUCACCAGACGGUGCAGCAGUUCAAGCGCUUCGUUGAGAACUACCGGCGCCACAUAGGCUGUCUGGCGGUGUUCUACGCGAUUGCAGGGGGCCUCUUCCUGGAGAGAGCCUACUACUACGCCUUCGCGGCUCACCACAAGGGCAUCACGGACAUCACCCGUGUGGGCAUCAUCCUGUCGCGCGGCACAGCGGCGAGCAUCUCCUUCAUGUUCUCCUACAUCCUGCUCACCAUGUGCCGCAACCUCAUCACCUUCCUGCGAGAGACCUUCCUCAACCGCUACGUGCCCUUCGACGCCGCCGUGGACUUCCAUCGCCUCAUUGCCUCUACUGCCAUCGUCCUCACAGUCUUACACAGUGCAGGCCACGUGGUGAACGUGUACCUCUUCUCCAUCAGCCCGCUCAGCGUCCUCUCCUGCCUCUUUCCGGGCCUCUUCCAUGACAAUGGAUCCGAGUUCCCCCAGAAGUAUUACUGGUGGUUCUUCCAGACUGUGCCAGGUCUCACGGGAGUCAUGCUGCUCCUGAUUCUCUCCAUCAUGUACAUCUUCGCCUCCCACCACUUCCGGCGCUGUAGCUUCCGGGGCUUCUGGCUGACCCAUCACCUCUAUAUCCUGCUCUACGUUCUGCUCAUCAUCCAUGGCAGCUUCGCCCUGAUCCAGCUACCCCGUUUCCACAUCUUCUUCCUGGUCCCAGCACUUAUCUAUGUGGGGGACAAGCUGGUGAGCCUGAGCCGGAAGAAGGUGGAGAUCAGCGUGGUGAAGGCAGAGCUGCUGCCUUCAGGAGUGACCCACCUGGAGUUCCAGCGGCCCCAAGGCUUUGAGUACAAGUCAGGACAGUGGGUGCGGAUCGCCUGCCUGGCUCUGGGGACCACCGAGUACCACCCCUUCACACUGACGUCAGCGCCCCACGAGGAGACGCUUAGCCUGCACAUCCGGGCAGCGGGGCCCUGGACCACCCAUCUCAGGGAGAUCUACUCACCCCCGACGGGUGACAGCUGUGCCAAAUAUCCAAAGCUGUACCUCGAUGGGCCAUUUGGAGAGGGCCACCAGGAGUGGCAUAAGUUUGAGGUGUCAGUGCUGGUGGGAGGGGGCAUUGGGGUCACCCCCUUUGCCUCCAUCCUCAAAGACCUGGUCUUCAAGUCAUCAGUCAGCUGCCAAGUGUUCUGUAAGAAGAUCUACUUCAUCUGGGUGACUCGGACCCAACGGCAGUUUGAAUGGCUGGCUGAUAUCAUCCGAGAGGUGGAGGAGAAUGACCGCCAGGACCUGGUGUCCGUGCACAUCUACAUCACCCAGCUGGCUGAGAAAUUCGACCUCAGGACCACCAUGCUGUACAUCUGUGAGCGGCACUUCCAGAAGGUGCUGAACCGGAGUCUGUUCACAGGCUUGCGCUCCAUCACCCACUUUGGCCGCCCCCCCUUCGAGGCAUUCUUCAACUCUCUGCAGAAGGUCCAUCCACAGGUCCGGAAGAUUGGGGUGUUCAGCUGCGGCCCCCCUGGCAUGACCAAGAAUGUAGAAAAGGCUUGUCAGCUCAUCAACAGGCAGGAUGGAACUCAUUUCUCCCACCAUUAUGAGAACUUCUAGGCUUCCUGCUCAGGGGCUCUGCCCACUGUCUAGAUGAGCAGAGGUUUGGCCUGACACCUCACCUCUAGAUUUCCUGUUUCUGGCUUCCUCAGCCAUCUCCCCAUUUUUACCUCCCAACCUUGGUCCAGGUGGCCAUGGUCAGUCACCCCAUGUGGGUUCAGGGACUCCCAGGCCCAGAAUGUCUCAGCCUAGGGAAAUGCAAGGCACUGUGUAACGACUAAAAGUUGGGAGCUAGGAGAUCUAUUAUUGUUUUGCAGCAAAGUGACACCUCUUCUUCCAAAAUAAGGGAAAAAAUCAAAAGGCUGGAGCAGACAAAUUGUGUGUGUGUGCAGGGGCUGUGAGCUUAGGGAUUAAGUGGGAGCACAGAUAGAUUCUGGCAUCCUAAAACCCCUCCCCACUCCUCAAAUCUCCUCUCCUUUGAGCUCUCCACUGUCAAAAGGGCUGGCAAAUGCCUUAGAGAUGGUAGAGCCACAGAGAGCAAUUUACAGGAACCCCCCCCCCAGAGGACCCCAUUCCAACAGUACAAUUGAUCGUUUCCCCAAGUUUUUAAACAUGUACUGUCGUCAGAACCUGGCCCAACAUGUUUGGGUGCUCCUCCACUCUCCUCCCCUCUUCCUGUUCUAAUAGUCUCUUUUAUAAAUAAACCACUUUUCUGCCCUAA